GCUCGGGCCAUGGGCAGCAGCGGGCCGGGGGCCGGGCAUGGGCGACCGCGAGCGCAACAAGAAGCGGCUGCUGGAGCUACUGCAGGCGGCGGGCACCGGCAACGCGCACUGCGCCGAUUGCGGGGCGGCGGAUCCCGACUGGGCCUCUUACAAGCUGGGCGUCUUCAUCUGUCUGAACUGCUCCGGGGUCCACCGCAACUUCCCCGACGUCAGCAGAGUCAAAUCCGUGAGACUGGACUUCUGGGACGACAGUAUCGUGGAGUUUAUGACCCACAAUGGGAACCUGCGUGUGAAGGCCAAGUAUGAAGCCAGAGUUCCUGCUUUCUACUAUGUCCCCCAGGCCAGCGACUGCCUGGUCUUAAAGGAACAAUGGAUUCGAGCUAAGUAUGAGAGACAAGAGUUUAUGGCUGAUGGGGAAACUAUCUCGCCUCCAGGGAGCAGAGAAGGGUUCCUGUGGAAGCGAGGAAGGGACAAUGCACAGUUCCUGAAGAGGAGGUUUGUCCUCCUGGCCAGAGAGGGUCUUCUGAAGUACUACACCAAAGAGGAGGGGAAAGGCCCCAAAGCUGUCAUCAGCAUCAAGGACUUGAAUGCCACCUUCCAGACAGAGAAGAUUGGGAACCCCCACGGGCUGCAGAUCACCUACAGAAAAGAAGGCCACCUUCGGAACCUGUUUGUAUACCACGAAAGUGGCAAGGAGAUAGUGGACUGGUUCAAUGCCUUCCGUGCAGCUCGUCUGCAGUACCUGAAGGGGGCUUUUCCUGAGCUCCCUGAGUCUGAGCUCGUGCCUCUCAUCACCUGGAACUAUCUCAAACAAGGCUUUAUGGAAAAGACUGGUCCAAAGCAGAGAGAACCUUUCAAGAAAAGGUGGUUUGCCUUGGAUCCCCAGGAGCGCAGGCUGGUCUAUUACAAGCAUCCACUGGAUGCCUUUGAACAGGGCCAGGUAUUCUUGGGGAGCAAGGAGCAGGGGUAUGAAGUGCACGAGGACCUGCCCAAGGGCAUCCGGGGGAACCGUUGGAAAGCUGGGCUCACCGUGAUCACUCCUGAGCGCAGAUUUGUCCUCACCUGCCCCAGCGAGAAGGAGCAGCGCGAGUGGUUGGAGAGUUUCCGGGAUGUCCUCUCCCGCCCCUUGACACCCCUCAAUCUUCUCACAGCAUCCACAGAAAGUGCUGGCCAAAGCAGGUGACCCAUUGAGGCGAGUGCUGGCUACAAGACACCCCUAGUGCCAAUGGAAGGAAGAGAAGAAGUUGUCACUUUGACCCUGGUAUCCCUGAAGGAGUGCCCUAUGGUGGGCAGCCAACGCUGGCAGAGAUUGAAGCUUUGACUCUUCCCUGCUGUCUCACUGGGCCUCCUGCUACCCUUUCUUGGAGGUCUAGGGUCUGGUAUAUAUUCCUAAGUCCUAGGGAUAUAUCUUCUGAAGGACAGGCAUUGCUAUGUAAAGGCACCUACAGCAUCACACAAGUGGCAUGCUGCUUCCAAACAAAAAUUUUUAUUUCUUUUGGGGCCACACCCAACAGUGCUCACAUUCAGGAUUUACCUCUGAUGGUGCUCAGGAGACCAUAUGAGAUGCUGGAAAUUGAACCUGGGUUGGCUGUGUGCAAGACAAGUGC